AGGAGGCCCAGUGGCACCUUGGAACACUACCUGAAUGCCGCUGGUCCCGCGUUCAUUGCUUCUGGCAUCACUGUCCUUCCUGUUUUGAGAGAAGUUUUGUUUUUGAAGGUGGUUCAACUGCAACGGCUGGCUAUCCAGCACUGCAUUCACUUGAGGAGAUCCGGAUGACUUGGAUACCUGCAUUCAUAACCUUUCUUUUUGAGGAUUGGACUUUUGGGUCGCUUGUUGGCGGGUAUUUGAAUUGGUCUUCCCGCAUCGUCCUCCCCCCCGGACCACCCGCCGAUCGCGAAUGUAUAUGUUCAGGGACGGGUUGAAGUACAACAUAAGAUUGCUUUACAGGACAGCUUAUCGUGUCUUUGUGGAUUUUCACAUUCAAGGGCGACGCUAAACGCAUCUGCGUGACUGCCGAGAGGGAAGUAUAGCCGGGAGAAUAGCUGGGCUACAUAGGAUCUCCCUGAGAUACUACAGUCGAGGCUUGACCAAGCUUGUCAAAAAUGGCCGAGUCAAACGGGAAAGAAGGGAAAAAGUCUUUUCCUGCUGGGACAAUAGCAAAGCUGACAUGCGACAUUCUCAAUGACACGUUCUACAAUAUUAUCCAUGACAUCGUGCUCAAAGCUCAUCGUGACGAGAAGAUUGCACGCAUGCGCUCAGCCGUGGUACUUGCUAGACAGAAAGCCGAAGAAGAGGCUGCCCGACUUCGCCCGGAGACAGCUACAAAGGCUUCUGUGGACUCUGAUGAUCUUAAAAACGUUCGAGUCGAGACAGAAGGAGCCAUUUUCGAACGCGGAAAGGCGUACCUCAAGGGCAAUCCGCUCCAUACGACAAAAGAGAUUAUUUGCCCUGAGUGUCGAUUGCCUCGUUUGCUAUAUCCAUCCACCGGCAUUGGUGCUCGUCCUCCCCCAGACCCAUACAGGGAGUACUGCCGGAAACAACCGCCCAUUGUUAGACCGGGAUAUGAUAUUCACGGGAAUCCCUUCGCUACGGACAAGUUGAAUACUAAAAAGAAGAAACAGACCACCAAUGCCAACACUCCAGGUUCCAGCCCUCCGACCACUCCAGAUGGUUCUUUCAAGCACACGGCUCCCGAGAAGGUUGGAUAUCCAACUGUAAAAUGCCCUAACUGUCCACGAUAUUUUGCUUCUUUUAGGGUGGCACAGCAUCUAGACAGAUGCAUGGGCUUAUCCGGUAGGGGUAGUAACCGCAACAAGCCCCCAUCAGACAGUAGCACACCCAGUACGGCAGCACCCAAGCGGCCCCUUCCACCCGGAGAUGACGAGGCUCCAGUUGUGACGAAAAAGAAAAAGCUCGGAGCGCCCAAGAAACUGACGGGCAAAAAACCGCCUCCCCCAAGCAAACUAAAAAAUGGCACCACACCUGAUAUGAUGGCUGCAGAAGCUGCGGGGGAUGGUGGGUUGAAGAUUGAAACGAAUGGUGACUCCAAGGCCUAAUUACAUUCGGCCUCUCUUGUCAUUCUUUCUCCCUUCCCCGAAAAGACUGUUUCAGAUACUCGGGGAUACAUGCCGCAUAUUCGACCGGUUCUCUCUGACCACACAGCGGUUUCAUUAAGGGAGUUAUUUUCUUGGCUUUUCCCCUUUGUCGUCUUUCGUUUUUUAUAACGAUGUCAACGCACUUAUUAUUUCGCAUUCAGGGUAUCAUAGAAGAACUGCGACCAGCACUGUUAACCAUACCACUUUGCUUUCUUUUCUUCCCUUCUCUCAUAUGAGGCGUCUUGGAUAUGCUGGUUUCUGGUUCUUUAUAUCUGUUGCUCUACUCCAUAGACGAUCAUGGUGUAUUGUAGAAUAUGCUGGUGUCAUUAGCUGAAGUUACUUGUUUUGUUUGAGACAUUGAACUAUGAAUGGACGUGAUUGCUUGAAGUUAUGUAUCUUUCUUUACACUUGACGGCAUUACUGUGCAAGAAAAUAAGUAGCAAAGAAGCCAUUCUUGCUUUCUUCCCAUUGACACUGUAUGCAUUAAAAUCACAUGAUGAACAAUUCCAGCUGCACAGCUUAGUCAACAAUAUCAUAAUUGUCCUAUGUGGC